UCCCUCUCACCCUCCGUUCGACCGCAACCACCACCAUGGCUGUGGCGGCUCUUGCUCUGCUGGCGCUUUUGCCUCAAGCUCUGGCCCAACAUAACAGCAGCUACGUGGAUUACAACGUCGAGGCCAACCCGGACUUGUUUCCGCAAUGUCUGGACACAAUCUCCUUGUCCUUCCCCGACUGCCAGAGCGGUCCUCUGAGCAAGAACCUCGUCUGCGACUCGACCGCCUCGCCCUAUGACCGCGCCGCGGCCCUGAUCUCCCUCUUCACCCUCGAGGAGCUCAUUGCCAACACUGGUAACACCAGCCCCGGUGUCCCUCGUCUGGGUCUACCUCCAUACCAGGUCUGGAGUGAGGCCUUGCAUGGCCUGGACCGCGGCAAUUUCACCGACGAGGGGGCUUACAGCUGGGCGACAUCCUUCCCCUCGCCCAUUCUCUCCGCUGCUGCCUUCAAUCGCACCCUGAUCAACCAGAUCGCAUCCAUUAUCUCAACUCAGGGGCGCGCCUUCAAUAACGCCGGCCGCUACGGUCUCGAUGUCUACGCCCCCAACAUCAAUGCCUUCCGUCAUCCCGUCUGGGGGCGCGGACAGGAAACUCCGGGCGAGGAUGCGUAUACUCUCACAGCCGCCUACGCCUACGAAUACAUCACGGGUAUCCAGGGUGGCGUGGACCCAGAGCAUCUGAAGCUCGCAGCGACAGCCAAGCACUUUGCCGGCUAUGACAUCGAGAACUGGGACAACCACUCCCGGCUGGGGAACGAUGUCAACAUCACGCAGCAAGACCUGGCCGAGUACUACACGCCGCAGUUCCUCGUGGCCACGCGCGAUGCCCGCGUCCACAGCGUCAUGUGCUCGUACAACGCCGUCAACGGCGUGCCCAGCUGCUCCAACACCUUCUUCCUGCAGACGCUCCUGCGCGACACCUUCUCCUUCGUUGACCACGGCUACGUCUCCGGCGAUUGCGGUGCCGUCUACGGCGUUUUCAACCCCCACGGCUACGCGGCCAACGAGUCCAGCGCCGCCGCCGACUCCAUCCUCGCCGGCACCGACAUCGACUGCGGCACCUCCUACCAAUACCACUUCAACGAGUCCAUCACCACCAGGGCGGUCGCCCGCGACGACAUCGAGCGCGGCCUCACCCGGCUAUACGCCAACCUCGUCCGGCUAGGCUACUUCGAGGGCAACAGCAGCAGCAGCAGCCCGUACCGCAGCCUGAGCUGGUCCGACGUCCAGAAGACAGACGCAUGGAACAUUUCCUACGAAGCGGCCGUCGAGGGCAUCGUCCUCCUGAAGAACGACGGCGCCCUCCCGCUUCCCUCCUCCUCCUCCUCGGGCAAGAAUAAAUCCAUCGCCCUCAUCGGCCCCUGGGCCAACGCCACCACCCAGCUCCAGGGCAACUACUACGGCGCGGCGCCAUACCUCAUCAGCCCGGUCGACGCCUUCACGGCCGCCGGCUACACGGUCCACUACGCCCCCGGCACGGAGAUCUCCACGAACUCGACGGCGAACUUCAGCGCCGCGCUCUCCGCCGCGCGCGCCGCCGACACCAUCGUAUUCUUCGGAGGGAUCGACAACACCAUCGAGGCGGAAGCCCAAGACCGCAGCUCGAUCGCCUGGCCCGGCAACCAACUCGAGCUGAUCUCGCAACUGGCCGCGCAGAAAUCCGAGUCCCAGCCCCUGGUGGUGUACCAGAUGGGCGGCGGGCAGGUCGACUCCUCCGCCCUGAAAGCGAAUCCGAAGGUCAACGCCCUCCUCUGGGGCGGCUACCCGGGCCAAUCCGGCGGCCUCGCCCUCCGCGACAUCCUCACGGGCGCCCGCGCCCCGGCCGGCCGCCUCACCACGACCCAGUACCCCGCCGCCUACGCCGAGAGCUUCUCGGCGCUCGACAUGAACCUGCGGCCCAACACCACCACCAACAACCCAGGCCAAACCUACAUGUGGUACACCGGCGAACCCGUCUACGAAUUCGGCCACGGCCUCUUCUACACCACCUUCAAGGCUGCCCCCGCAGCGGCGAAGAAGUAUACCUUCAACAUCACAGACCUCACCUCCUCCGCGCACCCGGACACCACCACCGUCGCCCAACGCACCCUCUUCAACUUCACGGCGACCAUCACGAACUCUGGGGCCCGGGACUCCGAUUACACCGCCCUGGUGUUCGCCAACACCUCGAGUGCGGGCCCGUCCCCGUACCCGAACAAAUGGCUCGUCGGGUUCGAUAGGCUCGCUGCUGUGGCCAAGGAGGGGGGCACGACGGUGUUGAAUGUGCCCGUGGCGGUGGAUCGGUUGGCCAGGGUGGAUGACAAUGGGAAUUCCGUGCUGUUUCCGGGGCGGUAUGAGGUGGCCUUGAAUAAUGAGCGCGAGGUCGUGGUUGAGGUGGAGUUGGUGGGGGAGGCGGUGGUGUUGGUGAAGUGGCCGGAGGAGGUGCAGGGGGUGCAGGGGGAUGAGUAGAUUUUUUCUGGGGGCUGAGGGGAGGGGGGAACAGGGAAGAGGGAAGAGGGAAGGGUGCUUGUAUAUAUCGUAAUAGGACGAGUGCGGGAGGGGGAAUAGUGUUAGAUGAGGUAGCUCAGGUUGGCUUAUGUCUACUCUAUCCUCGACGAACUGAGUACCACCAAGUGGUUAUGCAUAGUUAUAGUUAAUGAACGCAUGCAAAAGUUACACAUUC